GUCUCCGUUGUGACUUCAUUGGUUGUGGUUGAUUUGUGAUUACCAUGCGUGAGGCAGUGAGUACCAAGCAACAUAGCGACACGAACACACCCUCCACAGCGCCCAUUCCGUCGACAUCUCCCUCUGAAAAGCCCAGAGAGAUGAGCAGCGCCGUUGAUUCAGCGAGCACCGAAGCCCAGCCGAAGGACGGGCGCGAUGGCGGGAACCAAGGCUUGGCCAACACGACGGAGAACAGGGGCGCGGAGGCGGAGGAACCUGCGAAGAACGUCCCUUGGGGGCGUACUACCGCAUACACGGAGGUGGACGGACUCAGUGAGCGUUAUCCAAUGAACCAUCGGCCUCGGGGCGCUGCUCUCAUCUUCGCUCAUUCCGAGUUCUUAGAUAAAAGUCUCAACGUAAAGUUACUUCGCAAUGUCAUCAAAACUUGUGUCCGCGACCCUCCGCCGCCCACGACGCCGAGAUCGCGAGAGCCGCCUUCGAGGCCCUCGGAUUCCUGCCUGAGGUGUUCUUCAACUUCACGAGGAACGAGCUCGUGGGAAAAUUGCACGAAGGCUUUCCAGCCUUCACGAGUAACCGCAAGGGAAUCCAAGGGAGUGUCUUCAUCCACUACCUGGCCGAGAACCUCAAGAAUUAUGCCAACACUUCUCCACGACCAAGUCUGUCUUCCAUUCUUCUCAAAGUCAGCAGGGAAGUGGCAGUCCUCUACGAAAGCGAUAUUGAGUCUCAAAACAAAUAUCACGAGAAUAAACAAGUUCCUUACAUCCACUCGACGCUACUUCGUGAGAUUUACUUCUAGGGGUAUGCCUCCUUGACAGCAUGAGGCAUUCGGCAUUACUCUGUCUGUGUUUUUCCUCAUCUUUAAAGUGAUUUUAAAGGAUCGAUAAUAUUUGCUUCUUUGGUGUCUGAUUGUUCGAUGCUUGUAAAAUGUGAUGAGUUGUUCUAACAUCUGAAAGAAAUUUCAGUCAUUUCAAUGUUGUCAUUUAGGUUCUUGUCAGUACUAUUAUUAGCUACCAAAUAAAUGAGACUUGAU